AUGACCGAUGAGAAGAAGUCAUCGACGAUCCAGGAGCCGUCGUUGAAUGGGACUAGCGAUGCCUCCAGCAUCCUUAGCGACUCUCGCGCUCAGGACAUCCUCCCCUAUGAAGCCGACGAUUCCCCAUUUCCCGAAGUGCGCGCGGUCGUCAAGCCGGUUGACGACCGGCAGCUCCCGGUCAAUACUGUUCGCAUGUGGGUGAUUGGUAUGGUUUUCACAAUUGUCGGAAGUGGCUUGAACCAAUUCUUUAGUCUGAGACAACCCAGUGUGACUAUCAGUGCUCUCGUUGCCCAGCUCCUAGCAUUUCCGGUCGGAUGUGCGUGGGCGCAAUGGGUGCCCCUGGGCUGGUUCAACCCGGACCGCCAUUUCAACAUCAAAGAGCAUGCACUGAUCACAAUUAUGUCCAAUGUCUCUUUCGGGUCGGCAGCUGCAACUCAAGUGAUCGAGGCCAUGGUUAAAUUUUACGAUAUGCCCUCUCAUGGAGGAUUCGAGAUCUUAUUGAUGAUUACCACGCAACUGUUUGGGUUUGGUCUGGCGGGGAUGGCCGCACGCUGGCUCGUGGGUCCGGCCACUAUGAUCUGGCCGCAGGUCUUGUCGAACGCCGCUUUGCUUUCGACCCUGCAUUCGCGCCAAAAUCCGAUGGCAGAUGGCUGGGUAAUUAGCCGACUUCGGUUCUUUAUGAUUGUAUUCGUGGCUGGGGCAAUCUGGUACUUCGCUCCAGGCUACCUUUUCACAGCCCUAAGUACAUUCAGUUUCAUCUGCUGGAUCGUACCGGACAAUGUGGUGGUCAACCAACUCUUUGGCCAAAAGACAGGGUUGGGCAUGUCCUUGUUGACCUUCGACUGGGCACAGGUUGUCUACGCCAACCAGAGCCCCCUUUUAGUCCCAUUCUGGGCAGGCCUUAACGUUAUCGGUUCCUUUGUGCUCUUCUACUGGAUCAUCUGCCCGAUUAUCUAUUAUACCAACACGUGGUAUUCGGCCUACCUUCCUCUGCUGAACCCAGAUACGUUCGACAAUACGGGCAAGCCAUAUAAUACAAGUCGCGUAAUGAACGCAGACGGAACAUUCAAUGUGGAGGCAUACCGCAACUAUUCCCCCAUGUUUCUCCCGGCCGGGUAUGCCAUGACGUAUGGCGUGGCCUUUGCGAAUCUGACGGGCAUCUUCGUCCACGUCGCACUGUAUCACGGGAAAGAUCUAGUUGAGCAAUGGAAGGGUAGGAACGCGAAAGAUGUUCAUGCCCGGAUCAUGGACACCUAUGAGAGUGUGCCGUGGUGGUGGUUUGGCGGCAUUACGGUUGUAAUGUUUGCGCUGAGCAUAGUGGCCAACGAGGUCUGGCGUACGGACCUCCCGGCGUGGGCGGUUCUUCUGGCAUAUUUGCUACCCAUCAUAUACAUCAUCCCCGUUGGUAUCAUCAAAGCGAUCACCAAUAUAUCCAGCAACCAACUGAAUUUGAUUACCGAAUUUAUCGGUGGCUAUGCUUUCCUAGGACGACCAGUCGCAAACAUGGCGUUCAAGUUUUACGGCUAUGCGGGCGUGUCGCAGGGACUCGAAUUUGUGGCCGACAUGAAAUUGGCGCACUAUCUCCAUAUCGCGCCACGAACGCUGUUUGUCGCGCAGGGAAUGGCCACAUUGGUUGGUGCCGUUGUUCAGUGCGGUGUGACUGUAUUCAUGAUCACUCGGAUCCGCGGGGUCUGCACCCCUGAGGCUGAGGGAGGCUUUACCUGCCCUCAUGGCCAGGUAACUUACUCGUCAUCCUUGAUCUGGGGUGUUCUCGGUCCCGAUCGAAACUUCAGUCCCGGCCAGAUGUACGGGAAUCUGCUUUGGUUCUUCCUUGUUGGACCCGCCGUCGUGGUGAUCACAUGGCUCCUGGGCCGCCGGUGGAAGAAGGUCAACUAUAUUUCUUGGCCCGUUGCGUUUGGUGCCAUGAGCCUCGUCCCUCCUGCGACGGGAAUCAACUUUUCGUCGUGGUGGUUGGUCAAUGUGAUCUUCAAUGGGGUUAUCAAACGGCGCAAGCCUGCCUGGUGGUCAAAGUAUAACUAUGUGCUUUCUGCCGCACUCGACUCCGGGGUUGCCGUGUCGACCGUCAUUAUAUUCUUCUGCAUUAUUUUACCAGCUGGGUCAUUGAAGUGGUGGGGCAACACCGUGUAUCGGAAUACAGCCGAUGCACACGGUGUGCCAUAUAACAGACUUCCCGAUUCGGGAUAUUUUGGCCCUGCAAAGGGGACCUGGCAAUAA